AUGCCUAUCUACCACAUCGUUUUGUUCAAGCUCAAGCCCGGGGUCACGGGCGCUCAAGUUGCAGCCUGGGGAGCGCAGGCUAAGGCGAUGGUGGGCCAAAUCCCCGGCCUGCGAAAGCUCGAGAUCAAUACGCCGUUGCCCAGCACCGCCCACCGCGGCCAAGGGUUCAACUGUGGUCUGGUCGCGAUCCUGGACAAGGCCGAAGAUGUGAAGGUCUACGCCGAGCACCCUGCGCACCUGGAGGUGCACAAGUUCAGAGAGGAGCUAUGUGACGAUACCUUGGCGUAUGAUCUCGAAUACGCAGAAUGA